CUACUCGUAGAUUGUCCUUUGCCAUUCCAGCUUUAUAGGGCCGCUGUUACUGUUAGUGACCCCAUAAAUAUUCAAGACUGUAUCCGUCCAGAACGAAAAGGACCGCAUAUUCCUCUCUUCAUCUUUGGUUUUGGGCAGAUUCUUCUCUUUUUUCACUCUGCAGGUGAACAUUGAAUUAGGAUUGGAAUUUGCGGGUUGUGUGUGCAUCUGUUUUCUGUUUUGCGACUAAGUUCUGCAUUGUUGAGUUUUUUUGGGUUCAUUUUAAAGGACGGGGAAUGCAGAAAGAUGUGCUUUCCCGUUAAGAAGUCUUUCUGCGAGUUUGAUGAGGUUAGAGCUCUAUUUGAGCCUUCCUCUGGUAAGCUUGAUGAGACUGUAAAAGUAAUAUUCGGCCGCCUUGGAUUCACUUACCAAAUCCCGACUGUUGCUAAAUAUUUUGGAGGACAAGUUGUGUCUUACCACGACCUCUGUGAAGACGGUUAAGCUGCAGUGUGCCUAAGAUCGAACUCUUUCCCGGAGAGUCUGUACUGUCUUAGCCGGAGGAGUAGUGAAUCAGUUUGUACGAGGUUUUGGAAGUUGAGAUGGAGAGUAAAGGGAGUGUACUGAUGCAACGGUAUGAAGUGGGGAAAUUGUUAGGACAAGGCACCUUUGCCAAGGUCCACCAUGCGAGGAAUCUGGAAACUGGGGCGAGUGUGGCCAUUAAGAUUGUUGACAAGGAGAAAAUAUUCAAGGUUGGGAUGAUGGAACAAAUCAAGCGGGAGAUCUCGGUGAUGAGAAUGGUUAGACAUCCCAAUAUAGUGCAACUUUACGAGGUCAUGGCCAGCAAAACGAAGAUUUACAUCGUCAUGGAGUAUGCUAAAGGCGGUGAGCUCUUCAACAAGGUAGCUAAAGGGAAGAUGAAGGGAGAUGUUGCGAGGAAAUAUUUUCAGCAGCUGAUCAGCGCGGUUGACUUCUGCCACAGCAGAGGCGUUUAUCACCGGGAUCUGAAACCCGAGAACCUCCUGCUGGACGACAAUGGAAAUCUAAAGAUUACGGACUUUGGAUUGAGUGCUCUUGCGGAAUCUAAGCGCCAAGAUGGCUUGCUUCAUACCACCUGUGGGACACCGGCGUAUGUCUCUCCUGAAGUGAUAAACCGAAGAGGCUAUGACGGUGCUAAAGCUGAUAUUUGGUCUUGCGGGGUGAUCUUAUAUGUUCUCUUGUCCGGAUAUCUUCCGUUCCAUGAUUCAAAUUUGAUGGAGAUGUACCGAAAGAUAUGUCAGGCGGAGUUCACGUAUCCUAAGUGGUUCUCGUCUGAUGCUUGUAAGCUGAUCUCGAAAAUAUUAGAUCCAAACCCGAACACAAGAAUUCCCAUUUCCAAAAUCAUGGGUACCCAUUGGUUCCGAAAGGGCUUUAAUUUGAAAUCUGCGAAACCUCACGAGGAUACCGGGCUCCGAGACUUGGAAGCAAAAGCGGCAGAUGAUGCUAUUUUUGAUCACUGUGAGAAUGCCGCCAACACGACAGCAGAGGCAAAGCAAGAAUCCUCGAAACUGACAAACUUGAAUGCCUUCGACAUUAUCUCUUUCUCGUCAGGUUUUGACUUGUCCGGCCUGUUCGAGGGCAGUGAUCAGAAGAGCGAGUCGAGGUUUACAUCCAUGCAGCCGGCACAAACCAUCAUCACAAAGCUGGAGGACAUAGCGAGGAAGCUAAAACUGAAGCUAACGAAGAAAGAUGGAGGGUGUUUGAAAUUGGAAGGAUCGAAGCUAGGAAGGAAAGGGGUUCUGUCCAUCGAUGCUGAGAUAUUCGAAGUCACUCCCGCUUUUCAUCUCGUCGAGAUGAAGAAGUCCAACGGAGAUACGCUCGAGUAUAGGAAGAUGAUGAAGCAGGAAAUAAGGCCGGCAUUGAAAGACAUCGCUUGGAUUUGGCAAGGCGAUGAGCUUCAACAAGCUGAGCAGAAAGAAGGGCAACCUGCAGAUAUGCACUCCUGUCAAAUUCCCCCCUUAGCUGUUAACUAGCUAAUCUUAGAACCACUAAGCCUUUCCUUUCAAUGCCUGAAUUUUUUUGAACUUUUUCAUCUUUACUGCUUUCAAAUUCAUUUGUUACUGAACUAUGCUUUAUAUAUUCCAGUUUUAUGCCUAGACUAUGUUUCUUCA